CCUCUUUCUCUUUUUCCUCUUUCCUCAGCUCUCUCUUGCUGACGCUGCCAUCAACCCCCACUCCUCCACAACUCGGUUGGACGCUGCAGUCAGAACUGAAGAAAACUGCUGCUGAAGUGAAUGAACAUGGCAAGAGGAGAAAUCGUGGUUCUUUUUCUGUCUUUACUGUUUGAGUCCUCAUUAACUCAAAAACAAUGUGAAAAGGAGACAGACUGCCCCAAAGAGAACCAGGCUGUUUUCAGUACCUCUACAACAGAAAUCCCACGCAUCCUAAAACCAGGUGUGACAGAAGUUUUCUUUGUGGAAAGCCAAAUUGACACAAUCCCCAAAGCAGCCUUUGUUGAAAACCCCCAUCUUGAAAAGGUGGAGUUCAUGAGCACUACCACGACAUCUAUCGAGCCAGGAGCUUUUGAAGGUUUGGUAGACCUCAAGCAUAUUGAGAUCUCCAGCACUCCAUUAAAGUCGAUACCAGUGGGAGUCUUUAAAGACCUCAACAACCUGGAGAAGCUUGUAAUAAAGCUUAACAAGCUCCGUAGUCUGGAGAAAGGCUUGUUUGAGGGCCUUACAAAAUUACGAGAGCUCCUUUUACACAUGAACGAGAUAGAAUCGAUUGAAGAUGGGACUUUUGAUGAACUCAACAACCUCACAGUGCUCCAUUUGGCUAAAAACAACCUCUCCGCUGUAUCUACCAGCUGGUUCUCAAACCUAAACAAACUACAGACGCUACGGCUUUAUGAGAAUCAACUGACCACCAUUCCUGAAGAGAUUUUGCAGAAUCUGCCAAACCUAAAGGAAAUUGGCUUGCAGGGAAACAAAAUAGCAGAAUUGUCACCUAAUCUAUUUCCACAUAAAGACCAACUAAGUAAGGUGUACCUGGAUAAUAAUCAACUGACUAGUUUACCUGAAGGAUUCUUAGUUGGCUUCCCUCUGCUUAAAAAGCUGACCCUACAGAAGAAUAAACUGACGAGUCUACCACCUGUGCUUUUUGGAGAAAUGCCUAAAUUGACAGAGUUAAGCCUGAGUCAGAACAAUCUCAGAGCUCUUCCUAAAAGAAUAUUCAGCCCUCUGAAGAAAGUCAAGAAGUUAGAUCUGUCUAAGAAUCAAUUUGUCACCUUUUAUGCUGAGAACUUUGAAGGUCCUGAGAGGCUCACAGACCUGAAUCUACAGUACAACAAGAUAAAGUCACUGGACGUAGAUGUGUUUGAAAAGCUACAAUCACUGAUCACACUCAAGCUAGCUCACAACGACCUCCAGACGCUUCCUGGGGAUAUUUUUGAGCCUUUAACAAAACUGAGAAAACUUUACCUCAAUGACAACCCUUGGCACUGUGACUGUAAUCUGAUAGAGCUUCACCUCUGGAUGAAGACGAACUCUGACAAGCUUGUGUCUCCUGCUGUCUGUGAGUAUCCAGAAGAUCUAAAAGGACAAGAAAUAAAAUCAUUACCAGAAGAUCAACUUAUCUGCCCCACCCUUCCCCCCACAAUCACAACCAUCACCACCACCACAACUCCCAAAGCACUCCUAACUACAGAACCAAAAACCACCAUCAUUACUACCACAACACCAGCAACCACUUUGUCAGCUACAACAAACACCCCUGUCUCAACCAUGCCACUAGCAACAACCAUUACAAAGGCACCAACAAACACCAUAACAAAAACUCCAGCCACCAUGACCACCACCUCAACACCAACACCCACAACAACUUUAACCACCAACACCACUUCGAGUACAACCACAACCAUUACGACUAUGCAUACAACAAUUAUGCCCACGACCACCAGCUUCAGCACCCAACCAACCACCACCCAAACAAUGCCUCCUAAAAAAAACACUCCAGUGAUUAUCUACUUCAUACUGCUGGUGGUAUUAAUCAUCUGCUUGCUGGCACUGGCUAAGCUCACCCUGUCUGUUUACCACCUGCUGCAGCGCAGGAAGAGGAUGAACCAGAUGGUCAAACCCAUCAGCAUCUCUAACAGGGAAGAGGUAAUGCUCAUGCCCAUAUGUGAGGCAGAUAUGAAGGCUAACAUGCUGCUAAGCAUGGGGAUUUACCAGCCAACCCUGUUGGCACUGUUGACGGGCAACGCUCCUAACCGCAGGCAGCAAAGUUACAUCAUGGACCUGACCCUGACCCUUCAUGAAUUCCCCACAACUGUGCCCUCAUCUACCACUACCCUCUACUUCUCCAAUUGCAGUAUCUACUCCCUAAGACCUGAGGAUCUGGCUGAUUUCUCCAAUGCUCUUGGCAUUUUUGUGAUUAAAGACACUGUUUUGAGAGAAGUGCGCACUGGCACAUUUGAUUCCACUCAAAACGUAGGUGCCUUAGCGUUUACUACCACGGAGCUGCAGGAUCUCCCUGAGGCCUUGUUCCAAAAUCUUCAGAAGCUCGAGUCUCUGAAUCUGAAGAGCAACAAACUCCUAGUACUCCGCCCCAACUGGUUUACCCCACUGGCACAGCUGAAACUCCUUGACCUCAGUAAGAACCUUUUCACUUCUGUACCUGUGGAAACUUUUCACCCUCUUACUGAGCUACAGUACCUUAUGCUUUCUGGAAACAAUAUCAGUCAACUACCUAGAGAGACAUUUAAAGGUCUCUCAAACCUAAAAACCUUACGACUUAACAAAAACUCACUACAGGAACUCCCCCUUGGCAUUUUCGAUGACCUUGCAGACCUGGAGGAACUAUCCUUACAUGACAAUCUAAUCACUAAUCUCCACCAGGAUUUGUUCUCCAAGAUGUCGAAACUCCAGAAGCUGUUCCUCUCCCACAACAGGCUCACAUCUCUUCCACAAGGGAUCUUCUUAAACAUGCCCCUCCUUUCCCAGAUCUCCCUUUAUGAAAACCAGCUGGAGAGUCUGGGACCAGGGGUGUUUGGGCCCAUGCCCCUGCAGGAGUUAUGGCUGUAUGACAACAAACUGAGGCAUUUGGAGGAUAACACAUUCAAGAACCUGACUCAGUUGCAUCUCUUGGUGCUCAGUCGUAACCAGAUCAGCUCCAUAUCCACCAGGGCCUUUGAAGGGUUGGAGCAGCUGGGAGAGGUAUCACUUCACACCAAUCUGCUCUCAACCCUAAAAGCUGGGACUUUCCAAGGUCUGCCGAAUCUAGUCAACAUUUCCUUGGAGCACAACUUUAUCAGCUCCCUCCCUUCAGGUUUUCUCAAGGGCCUGAGCAACCUGGGACAGAUAGACUUGCGAAAUAAUUCCCUUCCCAACCUGCCACAGGAGAGUCUAGAUGCCCUCACUGCAGCAAAGGAAGUUCUUUUGCAGCAGAAUCCCUGGAGGUGUGACAAGGAUAUUCUGCCACUUAAACACUGGCUGACACAGCACCCAGCCAAGACCAACCAAACUCUCGUAGUCUGUGAAACACCUUUCAGUCUGAGCGGUGAGAUAAUCGUCCUACUGGCAGAAGAGAACUUCCUGCCUCUCAGCUCUACAGUGGAGCCUGUGCUGACCUCAACGGAGAAGAGGAGGAAACCACAUACUCCUCCAACUAAACGAAGCACUCCCUCACCUGCUGUCAAGACCACCCCCACCUCAGAGCAUGAGGAGGUCACCAGCGGCGGGCAAGGGGACAAAGGAACAGUUUCUAAUGAUACUUCAAUCAUCCUAAUAGUCAUCGCAGUAGUGGCCACUGUCAUCAUCAGCACUGUCAUUAUCAGCUGUGUGUGCUGGAAGAGGAACAAGAGAGGCAGGGGAAAUAUAGGCCGCAGAAGUAAGAACUCUGUGCUGAUGAACAUGGCAAGAGGAGAAAUUGUGGUUCUUUUUCUGUCUUUACUGUUUGAGUCCUCAUUAACUCAAAAACAAUGCGAAAAGGAGACAGACUGCCCCAAAGAGAACCAGGCUGUUUUCAGUACCUCUACAACAGAAAUCCCACGCAUCCUAAAACCAGGUGUGACAGAAGUUUUCUUUGUGGAAAGCCUAAUUGACACAAUCCCCAAAGCAGCCUUUGUUGAAAACCCCCAUCUUGAAAAGGUGGAGUUCAUGAGCACUACCACGACAUCUAUCGAGCCAGGAGCUUUUGAAGGUUUGGUAGACCUCAAGCAUAUUGAGAUCUCCAGCACUCCAUUAAAGUCGAUACCAGUGGGAGUCUUUAAAGACCUCAACAACCUGGAGAAGCUUGUAAUAAAGCUUAACAAGCUCCGUAGUCUGGAGAAAGGCUUGUUUGAGGGCCUUACAAAAUUACGAGAGCUCCUUUUACACAUGAACGAGAUAGAAUCGAUUGAAGAUGGGACUUUUGAUGAACUCGACAACCUCACAGUGCUCCAUUUGGCUAAAAACAACCUCUCCGCUGUAUCUACCAGCUGGUUCUCAAACCUAAACAAACUACAGACGCUACGGCUUUAUGAGAAUCAACUGACCACCAUUCCUGAAGAGAUUUUGCAGAAUCUGCCAAACCUAAAGGAAAUUGGCUUGCAGGGAAACAAAAUAGCAGAAUUGUCACCUAAUCUAUUUCCACAUAAAGACCAACUAAGUAAGGUGUACCUGGAUAAUAAUCAACUGACUAGUUUACCUGAAGGAUUCUUAGUUGGCUUCCCUCUGCUUAAAAAGCUGACCCUACAGAAGAAUAAACUGACGAGUCUACCACCUGUGCUUUUUGGAGAAAUGCCUAAAUUGACAGAGUUAAGCCUGAGUCAGAACAAUCUCAGAGCUCUUCCUAAAAGAAUAUUCAGCCCUCUGAAGAAAGUCAAGAAGUUAGAUCUGUCUAAGAAUCAAUUUGUCACCUUUUAUGCUGAGAACUUUGAAGGUCCUGAGAGGCUCACAGACCUGAAUCUACAGUACAACAAGAUAAAGUCACUGGACAUAGAUGUGUUUGAAAAGCUACAAUCACUGAUCACACUCAAGCUAGCUCACAACGACCUCCAGACGCUUCCUGGGAAUAUUUUUGAGCCUUUAACAAAACUGAGAAAACUUUACCUCAAUGACAACCCUUGGCACUGUGACUGUAAUCUGAUAGAGCUUCACCUCUGGAUGAAGACGAACUCUGACAAGCUUGUGUCUCCUGCUGUCUGUGAGUAUCCAGAAGAUCUAAAAGGACAAGAAAUAAAAUCAUUACCAGAAGAUCAACUUAUCUGCCCCACCCUUCCACCCACAACCACAACCACAACUACCACAUCACUCCCAACUACAGAACCAACAACCACUAUUCUCACUACCACAACACCACUUCCUACUACAACAAUAACAACAACCACAAUGCCAACCACCACUACACCCCUCACAACCACCACACCCAUCACAACACUUCCAACCACAGAACAAACAACCACCAUCCUUAUUACCACAACAACGACCACUACUUUGCCUACCACCACAACACCUCCCACAACCACCGUAGCCAUCACCACAUUGCCAGCCACAACACCAACAACCACUUUGCCAACUACGACUCUUGUCUCCACCACACCACUAGCCACAACCACCACAACAACACCAACAACUACUUUUCUGCCAACAACCACACCCACAACAACAAUUCCACCUACGACAACUAAACCCACAACUGCUAUGACCACAACUACACCUCCAACAACUACGCCCACAACCACUACAACCACAACUACAGCUACAACAACUAAGCCCACUACCACCACUCUUCCGACAACCCAAACAACGACACUUCCUCCACAAACCACUCCAGUGAACUUCACCUGUUCCAUGGAGCCAGUCAUUCAGGAGCCAUCCACUUCCUUCAUGCAUCAGGACAGAGACAAAGUUCAGGGGUGCAAAUCUCAGAUGAUGAUCUACAUCGCACUGCUGGUGGUGGAAAUCACCUGCACAUUGGUACUGGCUAAGUUCACACUGUCUAUUUACCGCCUGCUGCAGCGCAGGGAGAGGAUGAACCACAGGAUCAAACUCACUCGCUUCACCUACAGAAGGGAGGUCAUCCUCAGGCCUUUAUGAAAGGCAGAGACUGAAGGACAGCACUUUAGAGGAGCUCACUCUUUUGAUGCCAGUGAUGGUAAAUGGCCUCAUCAGCAGCCAAAGCAUCCCUAGGUAAGAUGCUAAAUCCCUAAUUACUCAUAUAAAGAGCAACAUGUAAUAUUAGCAAAAAUGUUAAUUGAAUAAAAAUAUUCAAUGUGUAUUCCUAAAAUUAUCAUGUUAUGCUGCUUGUAAGCAUAGUAAUGUGUUAUAUGCAUAAUGUAUUCUACAAUGAUUAAAAAACUCUGUCAUGACAUGACAUGAUUGAAGUCCAGGAACACAAUCGUACAGCAGGGGGAGACAGAGAUCCAUGAGACUUAAUUUUCUGUCUCAUUUACAGAAAACACAAGGAGAUAUGGAAACUUUAUCUAACACAAUCUAGGAUUGAUGAAUACGUGUCUGUUAUUUAGAUGACAUUUUGUAAAUUGAAUAAAAUGUAUUGGCUUGUUUAUUAAGUAUUACAGCUUUACCUUUUCUUUAUUUGUAGUUUUCUGUUAAAGUAGCAAACUUACUUUAUAAAAGCUGAAAUUAUUGUAUUGAAAUUGAUCUUUUUAUCUAAACAAAUGAAUCCCACAGGUCAUUUCAUGAAGAGAAAACAUUGAACAGGGGUAUAGGACUGGGAUUUGUGUUUCAUAGGGUUUUCUUCCUGGUAACUGAGAGUUAAACACAUUAAUUAGGCUUUAUUGGCAGUAGCACAGAAGGACAACGAUAGGCCAGAUUCAUUCAGUCUGUGUGAGCAUACGUGUGUGCACAUAUGUGUGUGAGAUGAUAAAAUAAAAAGCUAAAAUUCCCUUAAAAUAUAGUUUACUAGAGCAGAGUAAUGACAAUAACAUUGGACAGUAUCUAUGAGGUUAAGUGUCAACUUUCUUUUUGAGGUUUUUACAUAAAAGUUUAAUGAACUUUAUGUGGCUCUUUAUACAUUAACUAAAAGGCAUCUAAAAGGUAAAGGGGGGUUUGAAACUCAAAACUGUCCACACCCUAGACUGCCUUAAAACUUAAACCUCCUUGUUACCAAAUAAAGCCAUACCAGUAAAAACAUAUCACUGUACAGUAUAUCACAGAAUAACUACAAAUACUGCAAGUUGAACUUUGUAUUUUGUUCGAAAUGCCACUAUUUCUAAGAUUUACAUGAGCAAACAAGCUUAUUUAUGACUGUUAUAAUCAGUGUUUUUGUUAUAGAUUUUUAUUAAAAUGAAAACUUUCCUUUCCUUCA